AUGGCGACUACAACCGCCCCCCACGUUCCUCCCCUCCGCAUCAUAAUUCGCACACGAGAAGAGAUGAUACGUAUCAGAAGACUCAAGAGAAACCUGGCCAAGUAUCCUGAUGUGUCAAAACAUGCCUUUAAGAUAAGAUGUUCAUAUCCCGAAUUCGAAAUGCCUACUCCAAUUGAAAAACCUAAAAGGGAUAACAUCAGUCUUGGCAAGAAUCUUGGAAUGACACUCUUCCACAGGGAAUGUUUGUUGAAACAAUUGGGGGUAUUUGGAAUGGUAGCCAAUAGUGAAGAGAGACAGCGUUUUUACAAGAAUUGGGUACAAUUUACAAAGGAUGGAUUGGAAAAAGAUGAGAUAAAGGUCUCCAACGAGUACAGGAGACUACGAUUAAAUUUGAUCACGGAGAAAAAUCGAAUCCGGAGAAGACUUUGUGUUCCUGUUCCUGCCAAGGACAAAACUAUUUUGAAGAAAAAGUUGGGGGAGAUGGAGGACGAGGAGGAAAAGGCAGCGGCGGCUUAUGUGAGGGAAUGCAAAAAGUUACGCAUGCAUCGAGUUAAGAUGGAGCAUGAAAUGAUAAGGAUCAAAGAUUUGCUUGCUGAGAUGAGUCAGUACCCUCAAGGAGAUCUUCCUAAAAUCUGGGGUAAUGGUUACGAUCAAGCAUCUAAAAACAUUGGCCGAAGAACCAACCCGGAGGACAGCAGCGAAAUCAGUGACUUGGUUUAA